CCGGGGCUGGUUCCUAUUCAAAUGUGGGUCAGGGGUGAGGAAGCGUAACGUCAUAAGCUUGCAACAUGGCGUCGCGAAGGCUGUGAGAUGAGCAAGAGGAUGGUAAAGAACGCUUGAGAACCACCCUACCGAUGUAAGAAGCUUCAGGUGGCAUUCGUGUAGGAAGAGAGCAAGAAGGAAGGUGGAAAUGGAACUGCCAAAUCAUGCCAAACAACUGCUGCUGCAACUUAACCAACAGAGAGCCAAGGGUUUCCUGUGUGAUGUCAUCAUCGUGGUGGAGAAUGCGCUUUUCCGUGCACACAAGAACAUCCUGGCGGCGAGCAGCAUCUACUUCAAAUCUUUGGUCCUCCACGAUAACCUCAUUAAUCUUGACACCGAGAUGGUCAAUCCCUCUGUGUUCAGGCAAGUUCUGGACUUCAUCUACACCGGUAAGCUGCUCUCCUCAACAGACCAGAGCAGUGAGCAGAAUUUCAGUGCCCUCUUAACUGCAGCCAGCUACCUCCAGCUCCAUGACCUCGCCGCCCUUUGCAGAAAGAAGCUCAAGCGCAGUGGUGCAAAACCCCUACCUGGUAAACCCUCCACUCCUGGUCCCCUGAGCCGCUUACGCCUCAAUAACCAGCGCCUUUCAUCUUCCACGCCUGCUGGGCCCAACAACCACUAUCAUCCCACCCCUUCAGACGCCGACCAGCCACAGCCAGACGAAGGCCUUCGGGACAAGCUCUCGGAUGACGAAAUGUAUGUCGGCAGCUCCGGAAGGAACGGCACCGGCGGGAACGGCAGCAGUAACGGUAACCUCAGCAGCGGAGGAAGUGCGGGCGAGCCCGAUCUCGGGCUAGACCUGACCAAAAAGAGCCCUCCCUCGGCGGGCACAGUCACAGAUGCCCUGAGCCCCCACAGCAACUCCCAAGAAUCCCCUCAAUCUGCCUCAGUAUCCACAACCAACAGUGCCUCACUGGAUGACUCCUCGACCACCCUCCCCACUGCAGAUAUUUGCAGCUCAGACGCCACUGAGCUGAACUGCACCUCUAAAGCCGAGGACACGCAGCACGACGGACCCCCGCCUCAAAAAAAGUAUCGUCAGGGUGGGCGCAAGAAUGAAUGGCCCAAGAAGGAGGCGUCGGGCUUGAAGUCUGAAGAUCACGACAGGCCUCUGGUUAAUGGGGUGAUAGUGGGGCCGAAAGAUGGUCGACCCGGCGGAGGCAGUGGGAGCAGCUUCAACUCUGACCAGACCCUCCAGUGCAAAGAUGAGGAAGAGGGAGGAGAGAACGGCCAGGACCACAGCGAAGAGAGCUGUCAGAGCGACGGAGAGAGUGCAGGGGGCAGAGGAGGAACAGGCCGGGGGCACCAGAACGCCAACUAUGUGUACCGCCAGGAAGGUUUCGAACCAGCAUUUGGAGACAACCUCUACGUGUGCAUUCCCUGUGGAAAAGGCUUCCCUAGCUCGGAGCAACUCAACGCUCACGUGGAGACUCACACGGAGGAUGAGCUGUACAUCAAAGAAGAAGUGGGGACUUGCGUAAAAGAGGAAGAUGAGGAGGAGGCCGAGGACCUCUCCACCCCCGUUGGCCCCUCCAACUUCAGCUCGGAGGCCCGCCCCUUCAAGUGCACCGUUUGCAAUAAGAGCUACAAGGACCCAGCGACGUUGCGCCAACACGAGAAGAGUCACUGGCUCACCCGGCCCUUCCCUUGCAAUAUCUGCGGCAAAAUGUUCACCCAGCGGGGCACCAUGACGCGCCACAUGCGCAGCCACCUCGGCCUCAAGCCCUUUGCCUGCGAGGAGUGCGGCAUGCGCUUCACCCGCCAGUACCGCCUGACGGAGCACAUGCGCGUGCACUCCGGGGAGAAGCCGUACGAAUGCCAGCUGUGCGGCGGGAAGUUCACCCAACAGCGCAACCUCAUCAGUCACCUGAGAAUGCACACCUCGCCCUCCUAGAAACGUAUCAAGCCAAAGAACGCUGGGAAUAGUAAAAAACAAACUCUCUCUACAAAGAAACGCACAUGUACAUGUUCAACACAGUUCUAUUACGUUCGGUUUACGACGCCCUGGCUGAGUGAGCGUUGUUGCCACACUGGGCGAUGGUGGUAAUGUCAGUUCUAGGAUUGUCUCGCCAUCAGUUUUAAGUGACAUACGCUCACCCCUCAGGAGUUCUAGCGGGACAGUUUACUCUUCUCUCUCUCUUUCUCUCAGCCCAAAGUUGUGAAGCUGUGGCGUCAUAGCUUUGUGACUUGUGGUCUUUCAAGGCCGAUAAAUGUGAAUGUGGGUACCAAUGUAAUGUCCAGCCCUUGUCACCUCUCGCCCCCCAACCCAAAAAAAGGUUUCCUCUCCUACCUUUUUAAAGCUUUUUGCUGGUUGUCCACUGAACAAUAACUCAAGAGUUCCUUCUGCUCUCCAGCACUAUUCUGACCAAAAAUAAAGAUUUGAAGAAACCAAUACUGGCAAUAAUUUUGCAAACAUUUUUAUUAUUAUUCUUUUUUAAACUCACAGCUUUAUAGCCUUUUUAUUUUAAGCGAUUGGGGCAUCUUGAUGUAAAACGAGGGGGGUGACUGGGUUUGGGACCAUCUCCAUGCUUUAACUGAUAGAAGGUUCUUAGGUGGGAUCACGUAGGGUCAAGUUUUAGUUGAACAGAGGACAAAUAUGCUAAAAUGUUCUCUCCAUUGCUGUUGACAGUAAAAGAGGUUCCCUCUUUUCCCUACUUGCCUGUUGGUGCACCUGGCAACCAAACCCAGUUGGGAAAGAGGACCGACCCCUUGAGGUACUUGUUUUACUUAAAGAACUUAUGUUUCAGUGAAUGUUUAAACUGGAAGGUCUUGGGUUUUUCUUGUGGCGGGGAGGGAUUCGGGUUGGGAGGGGACUGUUUUUGAAGGGGCUAAUAAGAGGGUGUUUUAGACUGAACAAUACGUUCAGUGGGUACGUUUAUUUUGUCUGUAUAGCUUUUCUUCCCCUUGAGAAAAAAAAGUCUAUUUAUAUGGACUUGUGACCUCGCUACCUCUGAUUACUCUUAUGAACUCUAUAUGUUGAUUAGUUGAACGUUCCUAUGUAAUUAAUUGUAAAAAAAUGUGUAGAUUAUCUUCACCUGAUGCUUUAACCUGCCCAUCUCUCAACACAGGUUUUUAACGCCCGUAGAUUUGUUUUAUAUUCUCUUUAGCAGUUGCGUCAACUCCAAAUAUAAUAUAGCUUUCUGGGCACCCUGCUCAAGGCGGCGCCUCCUCAAAAUGUACUGUAGCGUCUUUCCGAAGGCAAGUAAUGGUUAGUUGGUCCUGAUGUGUGUUCCAAAGAACUUGCGAAUGUGGAGGACAGAGCUAACUAACAAACAUUGCUAGACCCGUUCAAACCAAAGCUUUAAAAAAAGAAAUGUACUUAAGAUAUAUAGCAUCCUAAAUUAUUUCACUUUUGAUUUUCCUUUAUUUUUCUUCUGUACAAUACAAAUUUAUGAAUGAUAUUGUAAGUCCAUAUAAAGAAAUCCACUUUUGAUGGAGUUUUGGCCAAUGACAGACUGAGGAAGGUUGUGGUGGUUUGCAAAGGAAAGCUUGUGCUGAUUGGUGGGCCGGUGAACUUUACCACCUUUUUUUUUUUUUCGUUGUCGUCUUUAUGUCCAGAGUCCUUAUCACUUUAUAUUCCUUAACGUUAAAAACAGGACUCGAUGACGUGUGUUCUGUUCAGACCAAAAAAAAAGCGAAAAACGGAAAGAAAAAAAAUCUAGGACUUAUAAUCAGAAAUUUUAAUGUGAAGUUCAAUUUACUUGUUAGUUUCUUUUUGAGCCAGACUUGUGAAAACCUGUAACAAGAAGGGAGAAGCAGAGAUGCACUGGACAGCUACUCAUCGGUCUCCUGCAAAGAUCCUUUCUUUCGUCGUUAAUUGUGUUCAACUGUCACGUAAUGGUUCUAAAUUAUUCUAACCUCCCGAUGCUUUACCUCAUAAGCGAGCAUAUGCUUGAAAUUGGGCCGUCGUCGUAAUUGGUGCCACUCAUCGUCACUAAAGCCUGUCCAGUGUAUCCACUCUUAACAUUUACACUGUGGACCUUCACUGCAAGUUUUGGGGAUAGGCAUUCCUCUUGAUAUUUGUUGGUUUAAUUGUCCUUUUUGUUUGAUUCCUUUGUUGUCCUCAUGGUCUGUGAAUUUAUCACGUAGGGAUGCAGCCACAGUUACAUCGUUCGCCACGUGCAUCCCGGAUUCCCGUAUUAGUUACUACUCGGUCAUGUUUGCUGUUAAGCGGUUACUAGUUGGCUAGUAAUUUGCGUAGUUGGUACAUGUUAUCCCCCCCAAAACCCCUUCCUGUAAACCACAAACAUGCAUCCAUCCUCUGGUGUAAGAUGGCACCCACGAUGCAUUGCCUUCUUGUGGAGUGCAGCUCGAUGUCUGUCAUGCAAAGGAUGUUUUUUUUAUUAGUUUUUUUUUUUUGUGUACACGAUAUCCAGCCAUUGCUGCAAAAAAAGACUGUAGCUGCAUCUGAAUGCUUGCUCGUGGGACAUUGCGAAGAAAAACUCCAAACUGUGACCAUACUACUACUAAUACUACUAUUACUACUAGAACUACUACUAUACAAAUACUUCAGGGAUAGUUCUGCAUCUGGGAAUGCAGGCUCUCAGCUACAUUUGUAAGACAUAGUAUUGUAUCAAUUUCUCUGUAUUUUAAUUAUGGAGGAGAAAGCAAAACACUAGUUUCAUACGUUAAAACAAAGAGUGGGGACGGGGGGCUAUUUCAACUAACAAAAAGAGCCUUGACAAAAGGUGAGGCAGCUCAAACAAGUCUACAUUUUAGUUGAUAACACACUAUGUUCAUGAAUAGUUGCAAAGUUGUACAAAGAAGAAGAAGAGAAAAAAAAAGCUCAUACCCAAAAUCCACAAACUAUUUUUUAAACCAAAGCACAUUUGAAUGACUAUGGAACCAUGUGUGGCUCAAGAAAAAAAAAGACGUAUUUAUCUCAUUGUUUACAAACUUUUACAGUUUUUACAAACCUCAAGACAAGGCCCGGCCAGUCAGUUUGUUUGUUUUUUUUCUCCCCCCCCCCGCCCCCUUCACUGCUGCUUUUCCACAGAGGUUGCUGCCAAAACAAAAGCAUGGGGUGGACUGCUGCAUAUUCAAGUAGGGGGAGGGAUAUGUUUGGUUUUAGGUGCACUAACACCACCCUCUGCCAGCUGGCUUUUGGGGUGACCCCCGUGCCCCAAACCCCUCCCCCAACCCCCCAUGCCCUCUGGCCUGGGGGGGGGGGGGCAGUGCAUCCUUGAUGUGUUUAUCAAAAGGCAUUGUUACAGGGGCUCUUUAGCUGCGUGUCGUGUGUAUCUGUGUUUGCCCACAUGCACUUGACGACUGCCUCCUGGUGCUCUUCACUUGUGGAAGGAGCUGCGAGGUCGCAUGCCUUUUUAAACAUCCCGUCAGGUCGUUGUAGCUUUUGAUUUUGUCCACUGCAUGUACACAAGAAUGAUCUGCUAGUCUUAACUGAAUGUUGGUUUAUUUUUCUGCUUUAUUUUGAGAGCUGCCUGUUUUCUGUGGGUCAAAGCAGCACAAACCUCUGGCUGGCUGAGCCUCCUUACAAAGUUGGUGCAAACACUUAUUGACAGUGUUUUUGUUUUUUUUCUUUUAUCAAAUGUCUAUUGUCAGUAAUGAAUGUAUUUAUUUGCGGUCCUGCCCUCACCUCUGAAAAUAAUUUGCUCAAAGUGUGAGACUGUGGUGGAGGCAGGACCCCUAUUUUUUUGUUUUGAGGAUUUCAAGCUGAGAAUCAAAAAUGCGACACAAAACAGCCAUUUACUGCAUUCUGUUUUUUUUGUUUGUUUUGUUUGUUUUUCUCUUUAAGAAAAUGGUCAAUAUCCAAUGUCUCAGUUAGACCUGAAUGUCUAAGUUUUAUUUCAUGUAAUUCUCUGCGGGUGUUUUUUUUUUUUUAACCCUUAUGUUGUUCUCAUGGAAAGCCUCAAGAGGUGAGGUUUGAAUAGAGGCCCUUUUUUUUUUAUUUUUUUUAUUUUAUUAUUAAUUUUUUUUUAAACUCGCUCUUCCUGGGUGUUGCCAUGCAGUUGCCAUUUAUUUAUCAACCACACAAGCAACAUCAUCAUCAUUCACUCUCUCAUUCCAGGGAUAUUUUCUCAUCUUAAACCACUUGCCACGUCUGCAUCUUUAACUUUUUUUUUGUUUUUUUUAAAUGUAUAUAUAUUUUUUAACAAACACACGGGGAUAUAGCUUUACUAAGUGCACUUUGUAUCUUUUUCAAACAGUCUCGGUCAGCCCGGGGUGCUCUCAUACCAAUUCCUGUUUAACCGACGGUUCAACCAGUCUCUCACUCUCAAGUCGUACUUAAUUUCUCAUUCGUGUUUGGUGGAAAGAUCAUACCGUUGUUAGAAAAGCUUUAAAAUGACUAUAUACAAAGUAAGGACACUGGACCUUGAGGAUGGCUCUUUACAUGACCUUUCGCACUACGGUACCCACUUGGCAUGUCACAGUUAAUGUCGCUUUUUUUGUUGUUGACACAAGCAGGAACUACAAGAUAGUAUUUCUAGUACCUGGUCAGCUGUGAUUGUUAGCAUGUUGGCAGAAUACCAUACGGAAGACCUAAACCCACUGCUGCUGAUUCAUUGGUUGACAUAAACACUGUUUCUGUGCCUGCAGUAUUACUCAACAGUGUCUACAGCAGCAAUCAAGCAUUUCUUGUGGCCCUUAGUCGCUUUAAGUAAAGAUUUGUACCCCAAAGUUUAGUAGAGAACACAGUCAAUCUUAAUUAUUGUAAUUUGUUAGCAUCACAUUCUGACUGUUGCAUUCAAUGUGGUGCGGCGUAACAGUUUCCAGCUCACAUUUCGAUGGCUUGGAUCACGUGGUGGAUACAGCGACCGACUUAACCAAAGCCAGUCUUAAAAUGAAUAAAAAGGGCCUCUGAUGCCAUUAAACCUCGUCUUUAGCUAUACUGUCCAUCGCAUUCUUUCUCAUAUGCACAAACCACCGGUUUUCAACUUUGACCCCGCUGUAUUAUCUGCGAGUGCGCAGGCCACAUCGGUUUUGCUCUUUUACAUGUCAGUAUUUACUAUACCCAUAGUGACUCACACCACCAACAUUACCUCUGUUUACAGAAAUGCACUCUCAUACUCCAUUACACCUCAUUAUUUUUCCGUCCAUCUAUAACCAAGUUUAUUUUGAAAUCUACAUCGGUUUGCAACCAUUGCCAGAAAGAUACGAUAAGCCGAUAAAAACUGUUAGUGAAGCUACCCCAUGGAGUACCUGAUAAAGCUCACUCUUCAGUUUGUUUACUUUGGGGAAAAAGUCCUCAAUAAUGUAUCAAGAUCCACGUGCUUAGAAGCUCCGUAUGGUAUGUGUUGGGUCUUUCCUGAUGAAUAAUUAAACAUCGAAAGCUCUCCUGCUUGCAAAACACGCUGUCCAUGUAAAGGUGCGCACAACUUGUCUUUCAACUCAUGCAAACACAGAUGGUCUCGACUUCACACGCGCACAUCAGCAUUUAAGGUGAUUUCCUGUGACCUUUGCAUGGCAUUGUUGGCAGCACCCAGGCUGGGCUCUUUCUUCAUGUCCACUCACGCGUCCGAGAGCUCUCGUAUUCAGGUCAAGAGCCGCCGCCGUGCAUUGCCAAGGGGCUCGGAAAAACUUUUAAGUGUCAUAAAAAAAAAAGUGUACUACAGCUGACCUCAGCAUUCAUAACCUUGCAGUCUUAAUGUACAGCAUUGAGGAAAAUAAACUGUUAUUUUACAAUCUUUUCAUUAAAAGCUUGAUUGAAAACCCAA